AUGGAUUUUGAUAAACUGAGGAAGUAUCCGUGGGGUCUUCAUGCCUACGAUCUGCUUCUGGAUUCCAUAAAGAAAGCAAGGUUCAAGUUGAAGAAGAACAGUUAUGUAUUAGAUGGAUUCUCCUAUGCCCUACAGAUUUGGCUUAUGGAGGCGAUUCCAGACAUUGGGACUUUGCUGGGUCAAAAGUACAAGGAAGGCAUAACCAGUGUGAGAUGUCAGAACUGUAUGGAAAGAACUAAAGCGGUUGUGUUUCCAUUCAUAUCUGAUACCGGAAACAAUGAUGUCGUUGCUAGUGUGAGAUUCAAAAGGGAUGAUGAGAAGAAAGAUGAACGAGUUGACAAAAUUAUUUCCUUGAUCAAUGCAAAAUUUGAUUGGAGCAAAUUCGUUUGGCAAGUUGAGGAAGAUAUGCGGACUCAAGAUCAGCUACAUGAGAAGGUUGAUGUUGCUGUGGAAGCUAGUCAAGAUCAGAUAGAUGGGAAAGAUGAGGUUGCCGUGGAAGGUGAACUAGAAGUAUCUGAAAAAGAAGAACAGGUUGAACCUGUAGCUAAAAGAAGGGUCACGAGGAACGCAAAGGAUCCCGGUUGUGAGUCUAGGAAGAGACAACUACUUUGCCAACGCGCGGCAGAACAGAACACUGGUCUCGAUGAUCAAACGAAGAUUUUUAUUACGGGAUUGUUCAACACCUCCUUCAACUCAAUGAAGGAAGAGGUUAAGAAGCAUGUGGAUCAUCGCUAUGACAAGCUUGACAGUGAGAUUGCAUAG